AUGCCUAACGCUCUCGUUCCCAGCUCUACACUCUCAUCUGAAGCUCUUGAGGAGUUCCUGUCUAUCCUUCGUCCCACUCUCUUCCGACCACAGUCUCCGACGCUGCUAACUCGCAAGAUACCGACUCUCGCCUUCUCACAUGAGCGCGCCCACUCUCUGUCUUCCCGUUCUCUUGAGCGCCUCGAAAACGUACCUAUCCUGUCAUCAGCUUUCCGCAACGAGACCCGCACACCAUUUAAGCAGACUAGCCCGCGCCUGCGCACCCCCCGCCAGGAGGACGAGGAAAAAGACAACGUGACCGAGCUAGUGCCAAUCAGGCCCGUCGGUUCUGGCCCGCUCGCGUCGCCUAUUUCCCGCAUCCACACUCGCAACCCCUUCCAACGUCACGCUUCUUAUGAGACAUUCAAAUCUACAGGCAACCUCUUCCAAGUCGGCAUGACCCCUCCACCUCAAACGCCCGCACCCGCUCCGUCGUCCCCCGCCAUGAUCCCGCUCCCGCCUCCGACUCCCAGCGAGGCGGACCCUCUGUGCUGAAAACCUGCUGGAAACAAGACGACAGCGGACGAUGUCACUCAAACUACCGUGUACUAUCCUAUCUCUCCGGCUAACACUAGUAUACCCCACUCUCUUUUGUGUCGUGCUCUUAUCUACGUCCCGUACGUACCUCGCACUCGUUUUUAUUGUACCUGCAUCUCUAUUCCCUCAUCUAUUCCCUUGUUCGUCAUUUAUGCCACCAUCGUUGGGUAGAAAAUCCCCGGGCCAUCGCAUAUAGCGGGGUUCCCCAUAUUUAUCUCGGGCUAUCCUGCGGAGGUCCAACUCCGUAUCUGACAGUUCAGAUUAGUGCGGCAGUGGAUCACGCAACGACUAUUACUUUAUUUUACCAUAUGAUAUUGGGAUGUUUUUCUUAGUCCUUGACAGUUCCUGGCUUUGUUCGUGUACGGAUUGCUCUCGUGAAGAAAUGAUAUAUCUAUUCUCAUCAUUC